ACAUUUAUAACGGUUUCCCUACAACAAUCAAUCCGAAAUGGCUAACAUUUGGCUUCUCUCACUUGUCUUCCUCAUCUGUUUUCUUCUCGCCGUUUACAACCACAAGAAGCAUCGAAAAUAUCGGCAGUUACCGUCUCCGCCAGGCUUACCGGUCAUUGGAAACUUACACCAGAUUGGAGAAUUACCGCAUCAGUCUCUAUGGAAACUCUCAAAGAAGUAUGGUCCUGUGAUGCAUUUGAAACUUGGAAGAGUACCAACAGUCGUAGUUUCUUCCGCUGAAACAGCAAGACAAGUUCUGAAAGUUCAUGACCUAAACUGUUGUACCCGUCCAGGCUUGAUAGGGCAAAGAGAGCUCUCUUACAACUAUUUGAACAUUGCUUUCUCUCCUUUUGAUGAUUACUGGAAAGAAGUAAGGAAACUUUGUGUUUGAAAGUUAGCCAUUAACAAAAUUUUGACAUGUGCCAAGUUAUUAAUCUCAGAUUUUGA